AUGGAUCUUCCUACGGGAAAAAGAAAGCGCAAGCUUAAAUUUAGUGAAGAAGAAAUUAACAUCUUAGUGCAUGAAGUAACCGCAAACCUGAACAUAUUACAGGGCAGAACAUCCACACCCUCGGAAAAAAAUGCAAUUUGGAUUACCAUAACAAAUAAAAUCAACUCGUUAUCAUCUACACGGAGAGAAGUGGAGGAGGUAAAAAAACGGUGGCAAGACAUAAAGCGCAGGACAAAAGAGAAGGUUGCGUACAACCGGGCACAAUCGAGGAGAACCGGUUCAGGUCCACCAGAAAUAGACACGCUAACUACUACAGAAGAGGUGGUGCAGCAAACACUCGUUGCCGAACAGGUGGAAGGUGUUGACGGCAUAGAUACUGCUGAGGUCUCUGUAGAGAUUGAAGCGUUAGGGGAACCACUUGCACCGCCUGGCCUGUCUCAGCCUCCUGUGCAACCUGCCUCGUCUCAGCGUCCUGCACGCAGGAUAGAUGAUAUUGAUGAAAUGCUGUUGACUGAGCAAUGCGCCCAGACAAAGGCCCUUCAACAUAUAUCUGGUAAUGUGCAGCAGAUGAACCGUGAAAUGAGACGGAAUAACGGGCAGGUAAAGGAACUGGUUAGUGCAAUGAAUGGAUUGGCCAGGGCAGUAACCAGAUUAUGUCGUCACCAGCAACAGACCAACGACUGCCUAAGGACCAUUGCUGCAGGCAUGGUUGGUGGUCUGCAGGGGACCUCUGGCGUCUUAUCCACACCUGCAGCAUCCACAUGUGCAGCCUCCACGUCUGCGCCACCUACACCUGUGCCAUCCAGCAUGGCACAAUCCGCGCCAUUCACCCCAGUGACACAUGAGCCUCUUCCAGCCAAAUCUAUGCCCACACGUGUUCUAAGAAAAAGAAAAAGGCCUAACUAA